AUGAGCAGCUACGGCAGUUACGUGACCUACGGAGGUGGGCGUAGUAGGGGUUCGCCUUAUACCAGCAGCUUCGCUGAUCCUUACACCCGCAACCUCUCGAACCAUUUUGAAUAUAUUGAUGCCGACCAUGGCAUGUUGCAAGAUGCACACCGUCCGUCGGCGACCAGAUUACAUGACAAUAUCGAAGACCCAGAUGCCCCCGAUGUCGUCCUUGUUCGAUAUAUGGCCUCUCUUAUUCCGGUGGAGUUUCCUCCCUAUUCUAUCAGCGAAGAGAAAGCUUUUGUCGGUCAAUUGCGAGAUUCGGUCGCCAGCUAUUUACACACGGACCCCAGAAAAGUCAGACUAGUUUACAAGAAGCGCGAGUUGAAGAAGGACUCAUGGCCGCUACGGAAAUAUCACAUGAAACAGAAUAGCGAGGUCGCCGUCAUCAAGACUGAAAGCAUCAUCGAUUACAGUGACAGGGAUAGUCAUUCAUCCAGCGGAGAGGAAAGCGAACCGACGUCUUCAUCUCAAAAUCCCCGCCAGCGGCCUCGUGCGUUGUCCUCGGUCAGACACCGCGGCGACGAACAAUCACCCCCCCCAAGAACACCGAACUCCUCCACCUUUCUUCAUCCUAACGGCCACGUCUCCUCGGGGACGGCCUCGGAAAGGCAGUCCCGGGGGAGUUUACGACCCGAACCCGACGACCGCUCCUACCGACGAGAACCAUCUCGGACUCGUGGAACCUCCCCCCAUCCCACUCCAAGUUCGACUCCAGUCCUUUCUUCAAUUCCUCCCGCUGCAGACCCUAACAGUCCACUCGGUAAGCUGCAGGCGCUCUCCAACACGUUUAAUGACCUAUGGCUGCCUCUCUGCCAAAAGUUUACAUCCAAUCCCCCGUCUGAUUCUCAAACCCGAAUAAAAGAGCAUCGAAAAUUGAGCGAAAGUGUCAUGACUCAUAUUCUUCUCAAAGCCGAUGAAGUGGAGGUUGAUUCAACAGAAGCCCGAGCCUUUCGUAAAAGUCUCAUCAACGAUGUUAAUGAUACUAUGAAGAAGUUAGAUGCGGUGGCACGGGGAUGA